GUGACGUGUGGGAAUGACGUAGGCGACAUUCCUCAAGAUGGCUGCGCUGGUGUCGUUGAUGCUCAAGUCCAGAGCAGGUCUGUUGGUACCUGGGCAGCCCUCUCUGCUGGACUCGCUGAGGUUUGCGUCUAAGAAGGCCGGUGGCAGCAGCAAGAACCUCGGAGGAAAGAGCCCCGGGAAAAGAUACGGCUUCAAGAAACGGGAUGGAAACUUUGUCCAUGCUGGUAACAUCCUGGCAACACAGAGGCUGAUGCGGUAUCACCCAGGAGCUCAUGUUGGGAUGGGAACCAACAAGACGCUCUUUGCUCUGGAAGAUGGCUAUGUCCGGUUCACCAAGGAGGUCUACAUCCCACCACCACGCAGCCCAGAGGCCACCAAGGUUAUCACCAAGCUGCCGAGAGGAGCCGUCCUUUACAAGACUUUCAUCAGCGUCCUGCCAGUCAAGCAGGAGGGCAAAUUCCAGCUGGUGGACAUGGUCUAAUACACAGCACUGAGAUGUCAGUGGUGAUGGUGGCAUUCAUGUGCUGGCUGGGGUUGAUGAGGACUCGCUCUGACUGACUCUUGGUUUCCAGAGAUCUGAGAGGAAACCUGCUGACCUCAAAGAUCUUUGCUGGGAUUCUUGUCUCCAAGCUGGAGUGACGCGACCCUCCGGCAGCAUUUUAGGUUAUUUAUACAAAAACAUCUGCGGUUUCAUUUAGUGUGGCUUUUUAAUGAGCUCCGAGUUAAAAAUGGUCUAAAUCCAAGAUUUCAUGAUGUUGUUCCAUGAGACUGGAAGUGUGAGCAAAGUAAAGGCAGCGGUUCAAUGUGAAGCACUGAGCUCAGGUCACAGGAAUGACAUCAUACGACGUGUCAUACGCACGCUGUAAUA